AGGGGCGGGCCGGGGCGGGCCGAGGCGAGCGGGGGCGGGGUCUCGCGCCGUCCUGGGGCGGCUCUUAGGGCCGGGGCGGCUCUUAGGGCAGGGCCCGCGCUGGAGCCGUGGACACCCGUCGUCGCUGUCGCCGCCGCCACCUUGGCUUCUGCUGCCACCGCCGCUGCCGGUCGCCACCAUGAACCACGAUCUUCGCAGGGAGCGGGAAGCCGCCAGCUUCAACCCGGAGCUGCUCACGCACGUCUUGGACGGCAGCCCCGAGAACACCCGGCGCCGCCGAGAGAUCGAGAACCUGAUUCAGAAUGACCCAGACUUCCAGCAUGAGGACAUGAAUUUCCUCAGUCGCAGCCAGCGUUACGAGAUGGCUGUUAAGAAGAGCGCCAGCAUGGUGAAGAAGAUGAGGGAGUUUGGCAUCGCAGACCCUGAAGAAAUCGUGUGGUUUAAAAAUUUUGUGCACCGAGGGCGGCCUGAGCCUCUGGAUCUUCACUUGGGCAUGUUCUUGCCUACUUUACUUCACCAGGCAACCGCGGAACAACAGGAGCGCUUCUUCAUGCCCGCCUGGAACUUGGAGAUCAUUGGCACUUAUGCCCAGACAGAGAUGGGCCAUGGAACUCAUCUCCGAGGGUUGGAAACCACAGCCACUUACGACCCUGAAACUCAGGAGUUCAUUCUCAACAGCCCUACCGUGACCUCCAUCAAGUGGUGGCCGGGUGGACUUGGAAAGACCUCAAAUCAUGCGAUAGUUCUUGCCCAGCUCAUCACAAAGGGCAAGUGCUACGGAUUACAUGCCUUCAUCGUACCGAUUCGUGAAAUUGGGACCCAUAAGCCUUUGCCAGGUAUUACUGUUGGCGAUAUCGGCCCCAAGUUUGGCUAUGAUGAGAUGGAUAACGGCUACCUGAAGAUGGACAAUUAUCGUAUUCCCAGAGAAAACAUGCUGAUGAAGUAUGCCCAGGUGAAGCCUGAUGGCACGUACGUGAAGCCCGUGAGUAACAAGCUGACCUACGGGACCAUGGUGUUUGUCAGGUCCUUCCUCGUAGGAGAAGCCGCUCGGUCUCUAUCCAAGGCUUGCACCAUUGCCAUCAGAUACAGCGCUGUGAGGCACCAGUCUGAACUCAAGCCAGGUGAACCAGAACCACAGAUUUUGGAUUUUCAGACCCAGCAGUAUAAACUCUUCCCACUCCUGGCUACUGCCUACGCCUUCCAGUUUGUCGGCGGGUACAUGAAGGAGACCUACCAUCGGAUUAAUGAGGACAUUGGCCAAGGGGACCUGAGUGAACUGCCCGAGCUUCAUGCCCUCACCGCCGGGUUGAAGGCUUUCACCUCCUGGACAACUAAUGCUGCCAUCGAAGCUUGUCGGAUGGCUUGUGGCGGGCAUGGCUAUUCUCACUGCAGCGGCCUUCCAAACAUUUAUGUCAAUUUUACCCCCACCUGCACCUUUGAGGGAGAGAACACUGUCAUGAUGCUGCAGACGGCUAGGUUCCUGAUGAAAAGUUAUGACCAGGUGCACUCAGGAAAGUUGAUGUGUGGUAUGGUGUCCUACUUGAAUGACCUGCCCAGUCAGCGCAUCCAGCCGCAGCAGGUCGCGGUCUGGCCGACUGUGGUGGACAUCGACAGCCCGGACAGCCUAACGGAAGCCUAUAAACUCCGCGCAGCCAGAUUAGUAGAAAUUGCUGCAAAAAACCUUCAAAAUGAAGUGAUUCACAGAGAAAGCAAGGAGGUAGCAUGGAAUCUAACUUCCAUUGACCUUGUUCGAGCAAGCGAGGCACAUUGCCACUAUGUGGUAGUUAAGCUCUUUUCAGAAAAACUCCUCAAAAUCCAAGAUAAGUCCAUCCACACUGUCUUGAAGAAUUUAUGUCUCUUGUACUGCCUGUAUGGAGUCAGUCAAAAGGCAGGGGACUUUCUGCAGGGAGGCAUCAUGACGGAGUCUCAAAUUACCCAAGUAAAUCAGCGCAUUAAGGAGCUGCUGACUGUGAUUCGCCCAGAUGCUGUUGCUUUGGUUGAUGCGUUUGACUUUCAGGAUGUGACACUCGGCUCUGUGCUCGGCCGUUAUGAUGGGAACGUGUAUGAAAACUUAUUUGAGUGGGCCAAGAAGUCCCCACUGAACAAAGCAGAGGUCCAUGAAUCUUACCCCAAGUAUUUGAAGCCCCUGCAGUCCAAGCUCUGAAGGGUCAUGAUGAGAAGUUUCAUUUGCUCCAGAAAGCAGCUGUACUCCGCUCCCCUUAUACUCAUCACCCAAAUCUGCUUGGAAUCUCUAUCAAAUUCAGAGAGCUAUAGAGCAAAUGAUAAAUUGAGCCCUUUCCUCUUUUUAUAAAUGAAGAAAAAAAAGGAACAGAUUUCAGAGAUUAAAUGAAAAAAACAGAUGUGUUUUAAGUGCAAUUAACACUGCAAGAGACGUAUCGAGCAUCAGAAGAAGCUUUAAGAAAUGCAGCAUGCCUUCCAUUUGUAGUGCCGCUGGUUCCAGUAGGCCAUGACUUUUGGUAACUAGUAGAAUUUAACUACUGAGUAGUUAAUUAUUUUCACCUCUUAAUUGCUGAUCACUGGAUAUAUAAGUGUUUUUAAGCAAAGGUAUUUUUUAAGCGGGGUAGAUAGAACCCUUCCCAGCUUUUCUGUUAAACGUUCCUGUCAUGGGCCCUGGCUAAGAAGCAGGACUGAAGAAAAGGGAUUCGGGGAAAGAAACUAAUCAAGACAUUUAGUGUGAGUGAGUUUGUGCCCGACACAUUGACGCGACGUGCCCAUUUGCCCCGCUUUGCCGACCUGGUAUUUCCACCUAACUAUUCACAGUAGCACCUUUCCAGCAUGAGGACUUCUUCGACUUCAGCACAGGCCUAGAAUAGGAUCACUGUCCCGCAUAAUUAGGAGUUACUCUUCCUUCCAUUCGAGGGAUUCCCUAAAUCGUCUGUGCAGUAGCAUUGCAAUUCACUUUGUCCCAAACUUCUUAGGAAAGGGCAAGAAGCAAAAUCAUCUCUGCAUCUGACUUCUAGCAACUGAUGGCACCUCUGGCCGUGUGGUGUUUCCUCUCCCACCCCUUUCUCUGUCCCGAAAGAGAUGCUAAGAAAGGAAAAGAAGGGGUCACAGUUCCUUCAUAGUAGAAUGAGUAUGGGGAGAGCUGUCUCAGUUAUGGUCACUCUGACUGUAGUGUCCAUACUAACUGGAUAUUCUGGAACAAUCUAGAUUUUUCAAUAGUCUAUUACAGUGCUUGGAGGUUACAGUGUUUGGCAUUAUAAAAUAGAAGCAUCACUCAGGCCACCUCUUCCACCCAGGGCGAGCACAGAAAACCCCUUUGACAAACCAUGGCUUCUGAUUUUGGAUGUAAAUCGUCGAAUCAAAAUAAUCAUCGAAACUAUGGCUAAUGGAUAAAUGCCAGUUUCACAGAAUCUCUCUCUUACUGUACAUUGGCUUUAUUUUCAGUCUGUUCCUAGGAGAUUGAUCUGAAUUGCAACAGUGUCCUUUGAGCCAAAAUCUAAUUUACACAAUCACUCUGCAUUUAAAAGUUAAACAUGGACCUCCUAAUGAAGUUUUUUCUUAAAAUCAAUGUAAAGGAACACAUUCGUUGAUUUUUUGUUUUGUUUUGUUGUGUUUGUUUUUUCUUUUACCUGUUAACUGUAUCUGUAACUUCUGCCUCAUGAAUCCAGUUGUUCUGUAAUCAGUCUUGAGAAUGUAGGAUAAUUCAGGGAAAUGUCUCCCUACCUUGGGACCCAACAUAAAAACUAUCCCAGUGGAACCAGUUAUAUGAGAUUUUCAGGUCCCACAGAAACGCUGUUGACACAAGCCUUAAUCCUUCCAUCAGGAAAGCUGCUUGGGAAUUGUAAGACUGAAGUAAGCAGUCUAUUAAUUUCAUUGGAAUAGAUCUUGACAGUAGUUCAGAUUCUGGGAAAUAAAAUAGAUUUAAAUUGCUUAAUAUCAGCCUGUUACGUGUAAAAUUGCCUCAGUCUUAGUGGUUAAUUUAAAUACCUUGUUCACAGAUGAUCAUCUGUAGUUGGGACCUGAUCCAGCUGCAUUGAUCUGGGAUCUAUCUUAGCAGGUCUGAGCAAGCUGUAGACACAACAGCCGACUUCAGUCCUGCACGUUGAGUUUACUUAAACGCGAAAUCUGAUAUUUGAUACUGUUUUUACUAACGCUGAGAUUUUUGUCUUGAACUUUAUUCACUGUAAUCUAAAUAUAGUAAAACCUCUCUAAUUUGUACUGUCAUGAGGGAAAGAGAAUGCCACGUAAUUAAACAUAAGCUGAAAUUAUGAAAUUUUAAGGUACGGUUUUAUGAGGUUAUUAGGUUCAGUAGCAGAACAAAACGGGAAGGAGUGAGGCCUGCCUGGGCAGAUCGCUCUGAAUCCCGUCACUGGUGUGGUUCUGCAGCUGCUGUGCAGGAUCCCGCUGGUGCGCGAGUUCGUGCUUACGGGCCGCUCUCGAAGCAGCAUAUCCAGUUUGCUCUCCCUAAGAAGCCACGCUUUGCUACAGAUAAGUUUCGUUCUGUUUGGUUCUUCGGUGAGCCGUUUUCACAAAAAGUACAAAGAUACAUCCUCUUCUCCAAACUGAUGGAUAAAUGCUGAGAGGCUGGAAGAUUUUUCUGUUAGAUACUGAUGGAAGCCUUUUUGGAAAAGUACUGUGAACAGAACUCAAAAUUGGGAAAUUGAGGUUUAAUAGGAUUUUGCGAUUUGUAACGGAUGAAGGUUGAUUCUUCCUGAAGUGUUUGGAGCUCUACUAGAUAUAUAUAUACCAAGGAGUAUUUCAGCCUUUGGACAUUAGUGAUCUCACAGCACAGUUGGUUCCAAAGCCUUCAGGGCCUUUCAUGUUCUGGUCUUCAGAACAAAGCAGUGCUAAGUAUCAGCUUUUCUUCAGAACAUUGGUUUAAUUGCAACAUUAGCUAUGUUCACAUGCUCUCGGGGAACUCCCCGCCUGUGAUUUCACAUCGCAUAUACCUGGAGGCGUUUUAUAGUUCUAAAGUUAACAUGCUAGAUCUUGUUUUUUGGAUUUUCUUCAGUCCGGGGCUUUGGCUGGAGAAAUAGAACUGCUCAAAUUCAUCGGGAACGGAAAUUCUUUAGAUGACUGCAGUUCACAGUCCCUGUGAGCUGGAAAGAAGAGAUUAGAUGCAGUCUGCACACAUGCUAAUCUUUAUAAAUGUGGUAGGUGUCCCCGGGUCACUGGUUGCCUCCAAGCAGUGCCAGGAAAUAGGUUCUUCUACGUGAGACCAACAAAAAGUCUUUUGUUGAUUCUUACUCAGGAUAAAGGUUUUGAUCAUUUUCAUGAAAUAAUACAGAGGUCACUUCAACUAUUACUCCAUUCUUGGAGGAUUUGACCAAGUCACACUGUACAUUGCUAAAAUGACUUAAUAUUUUAAAAUACCCCUGGACUUGUGCUUUUAGCUGUACACUAAAAUUUUCACUACCUGUUCCUGCGCUCCGUGAUUGUAAACAUAGAAACAUGAGGAACCUUUAGAGUAAUCAGGUGUUAGCUGUUGCAAACCUUCAAAUUCCUGGUCUCCAGGGGUUUUUGUUUCAUUCUUACUUUGCUUUACAAUUAAUUGGGCCAUUGAUUAUCUUAGGAAGAUCAUGAAAAACCGGGGAGUGAUUUGAAGAAUUCUGAACCAAAAUAAGCUGUUGUGCCACAAUGCUGUCAACUGUUUCAUAGACUAGGUAGCAAAUACAUGACCUGCCACAUAAUGUUCAGACUAUUUGUAAACAAUUUAAUUUCCAAUCGCUGUGGAUUCAAGGAAAUUACUUGUGUUCUUCAGAGCGUAUAAUUACCUGCUACCUAUUUCCCUUUUACUGUUAGGGUUUGCGUUUGGUUCCUACCUGACAAGAUGCAGUUAGUUAGCAUGUAUUGUUACCCAUCCCUGGCGGAGCCAGUCGGUAGAGGUGGUAGCACCAAGGAGGUGCACGGGUCCAGAACUUGGGAACCACGAUCAGACAACCGUGCCCUGCCAGCCCUGUUUGGCUUGGGCUGCGGGUAAGCCAAACCAUAAACCGCUUUUUCCUUUGUAAAGUUUGACAAGACCCUUAAUAAAACCUGUAAUUAACACAAA